AUGAUAACAAACAAACUAAAGCUCCGAAUGACCAACAUUUUCCGAUGCAGUCCUCGGAAAAAAUCCCUAAUUUCCGACGUCACCGAACACCCAUUUUUCUACCCCCACUCAUUCCACCUCUUCUCUCCCAAAAAACCACCUCCUUCUCAGCCAUUCUCCUCCAUUUGCAGACCAAAAACAACCCAAACAGCUCCGGUCAAGCCGAGACACAGAAAAUCAAGAAAAAGGAGAAACAACUCCGAGCUGAAAAACAAAAAAUUUGAUGAGCUGCUGGAUUCAGUUUCGGGAAACUACACUAACUGCUGGUUUAGUGAAGAUGAGAAUGAAGGUAAAGAUGAUGACCGGACAACUCUUUUCUCCGGCUUUAAGGACAGUUAUGCGGUGGUGAAGAGAUCAAGUGAUCCGUACAAUGAAUUCAGAACAUCAAUGGUGGAGAUGAUAGUUGAGAGAAAGUUGUUCAAAGCUAGAGAACUUGAGCAUUUGUUGCAUUGUUUUCUUGCACUUAACUCAUCAUCUCAUCAUAUGGUUAUAGUUGAAGCUUUUACUCAGAUUUUGGAAACAAUUUUUAGUGGCUACCAAUGA